GGCCCCGCCCCUUCCCGCCGCUCCCGCCCGCGCCCGCCGGGCUCGCCGCGCAGCCAUGGCUCAGCACUUCUCGCUGGCCGCCUGCGACGCGGUGGGCUUCGACCUGGACCACACUCUGUGUCGCUACAACCUGCCCGAGAGCGCCCCGCUCAUUUACAACAGCUUUGCUCAGUUCCUGGUCAAAGAGAAAGGAUAUGACAAGGAGUUGCUAACUGUGACUCCUGAGGAUUGGGAUUUCUGCUGCAAGGGCUUGGCACUGGACCUGGAAGAAGGGAACUUCAUUAAACUUGCAGAUAAUGGCACCGUGCUCAGGGCGAGCCACGGCACGAGGAUGACGGCCCCCGAGGCGCUGGCCCACCAGUACGGCGGGAAGCCGUGGAAGCACUUCCCGGGCGACGUGGGACCGGCCGGCCGCUCAGGAAAAUAUUACUUUUAUGAUAACUACUUUGACCUGCCAGGAGCUCUGCUGUGUGCCAGAGUGGUGGACUCUCUGACAAAGCAGAACAAUGGUCAGAAAACAUUUGACUUUUGGAAGGAUAUAGUUGCUGGUAUACAACACAAUUAUAAAAUGUCGGCUUUUAAGGAAAACUGUGGAAUAUAUUUUCCAGAAAUCAAGAGGGACCCGGGCAGAUACCUGCACACGUGCCCCGAGUCUGUGAAGAAGUGGCUCCGGCAGCUCAAGCGUGCCGGGAAGGUCCUGCUGCUCAUCACCAGCUCUCACAGCGACUACUGCCGGCUUCUGUGCGAGCACAUCCUCGGGAACGAUUUUACAGACCUUUUUGACAUUGUGAUUACAAAUGCACUGAAGCCUGGUUUCUUCUCCCAUCUACCAAGUCAAAGACCUUUCUGGACACUUGAAAACGAUGAGGAGCAGGAGGCACUACCGUCUCUUGAGAAGCCUGGCUGGUACUCCCAAGGGAACGCCGUCCACCUCUACGAGCUUCUGAAGAAAAUGACUGGCAGAAAUGAGCCCAAGGUCGUUUACUUUGGUGACAGCAUGCACUCAGACAUUUUCCCAGCCCGUCAUUAUAGUAACUGGGAGACAGUCCUCAUCCUGGAAGAGCUCAGAGGGGACAGAGACGGGAAGCCUGAAGAGUCCGAGCCUCUAGAGAAGAAAGGAAAAUAUGAGGGACCAAAGGCAAAGCCUCUAAAUACAUUAUCUAAGAAGUGGGGCUCUUUUUUUAUUGAUUCAGUGUCGGGAUUGGAAAACACAGAAGACUCAUUGGUCUACACCUGGUCUUGUAAGAGAAUCAGUACUUACAGCACAAUCGCAAUUCCAAGUAUUGAAGCAAUAGCAGAAUUACCCCUAGACUACAAAUUCUCAAGGUUCUCUUCAAGCAAUUCAAAAACAGCUGGCUACUAUCCAAAGCCUCCGUUGAUUCUAUCAAAUAAUGAGACACUGACAACCAAAUAGACUGUCUUUACUGAAAAAUGAAGAACCAUAUAUGCAGCAAAUGUACUGUAAAAUGUUACUUUUCAAAAAAUACUGUAAAAUGCUUUAUAGGAACAUAUUCUGAAUGAUAAUUGACCAAGAAAUCGAUAAUGUCUUUCCAUAGGUCUCCUUUCUGUAUAGAACAUCUUGAUGCCCAGCAACUCUCAUUAUACUGAAAUCUCAGUAUCCUAGAACUGAAAAGAACCUUAUUAAUAUUUUCUACACCAAUAGUUCUGAGAUUAGGACUCACCUGGGAGGAUAUAUACAUACAUAUUCACACACACACACACACACACACACACACACAUUUACACAUAUGCUAGACCAGCGGUCCUCAAAGUGUGGUCCCAAGCUAUUAGCACAGCAUCACCUGAGAACAUGGUAAAAUUCAAAUUUGCAGGCUCCACCCAAGACCUGCAUAAUCAGAAACUCUGGGGAUGCAGCCCAGCAACCUGUGUUUAAUAUUAGUGUGAAUCAUGUACUAAGGUUCAAGAAUCACUAGCUACACCAUAACCUCCAGAGAUUGGUUUAAUUGGUCUGGAAAUAGAGAUGAGCACAGACAUUUACCUGCCCCAGGAAAAUGCAGCCAGAAUUGAGAAUAACUGAUCUAUAUCUGUUCCUUCCACUUACAACCAAGAACACUGAGUCUAGUGAGAAUAAAUGAUAUUUCCAAGUUAUCAGGCUUUAUGCUAUUUUUAUGUUUUCCGAAACAAGAAGAUAAAGAGGAUUUCUUUGAGACACACAGCCAGUAUGGGACAGAAAUGAGAAGCCAACUAUUUCAACCUUCAAUGUUACUCAUAAGGAUUUUCCCCCUACUAGUGUUAAAGGCUGUAUAAUUAAUUUUCAUUCACUUUUUAAGGCAUAUAUUCUCAAUGGUACAAAAAUUGGUUCUUGGGGUGAAAAAAAUAUCAGAUACUGCAAUGAAUUGUGGCCCUCCAAAGCUCCACCCUGCCCAGUAAAUCUUAUUCUUUGGUAUUAAUUUCUCUCAUUAGGGAGAAAUAUAAAUUUAUUAAUUAAAUUUAAUUUGGUUGAAUUUAAUUUUCCACUGGGAGGGGAUAAUAAUGAGAAAAAGGUUGAUAAAAACACUUUCAGAGGUUUUAUAGUUAUACCACAAUCCAGGAUUAUUGUGUUCCACGUGCUUUAUGUAGGACUGACAGUAGCUACUUGUGGCAAGAUGUCAGAAGCCAGAUGUUUACAGUAAAUUCUUAGCCACUCUUUAUGCUAUAAUUUCACUCUGUCCAUCAGGACAGUGUCAGAAAACACAACAGUCACUAUCAUUAUUUCACCUGGAUUGUAGCGGAGAACUUCACAUAUUGACACAUGCAAUGAAAAGAUAAAUUAUUUCAUUAAAUUUUUAAAUGCUCAAAUAAUCCCAAAUGUAUUGUGAGAAUGAGUAUCUCAGGGUGGGCAGAUAGUUACUGAAAUUUUUUCCUCAAUGUCAGUAGCUCUGUUUGAUACCUGCUAAGUAUAUGGUAAUGUACUUGAAAUUGCUUUCCAGACUCUUACUGGAAUAUGGUAACACAGUCAGCUUAGGGCUAAAUCAAAGAUGAUGUCUCAUGUAUACAAAGAGAUAUUUAAUUUCUUUAAAAAUAAAGCUAUUUUUCCUUA